GGAUUGCAAUUUUACUGUUUAAAUAAAAAAGAGUAGUUGGUGACGCGGUUGGAAGGAAAUUCAGUUUUCGCGUGAAGAACUUUUGCUGGCAGUGGGCUGUCUGUCUUGCCUCCAUGUUCUCUGUCUCUUUCCUCGCCCUUUUUCAUACUGCUAAUCAAUUAUUAUAUUGCACUCUGUUAUUCUUCUUUAUAAUAUUAUUGCACCAUUUUCCAUCUACCAUUCUCCCUAUCCAUCUGCAUGAUAUUCUUGGAUCAUAGUCUAAUUACAGUUGAUUGAUACCGAGCUGGUUUAUUGCGGAAACUGGUAUCUAGAGAGGGAGAUCUGCAAUUGGAAUACCGCCAUCCCAAGAGUUCUUGAGCGAUUUUGGGUGAGAAGUUUUAUGGGUUUAUGCAGAUAGAAAUUGAUCUGUUGGAUCGAGAAGAGUUGUCCUCUGAUAGAGAAGAAUGAUGGGUUUAAGUCAGAUUAAGUGUUGUUUGAUUCUGGUUGUCUGUCUCUCACUUUCCACCGCUCUUUCCGCUUCCACUUUCAUUUCAGAUGGUAUAUUUGGACCUUCAGUUUUGAGUGAGAGGAGGCUUCUUCAAGCUAAGAAACCUUGCCCGGUGAACUUUGAGUUUCAGAACUACACUAUCAUCACCAGCAGAUGCAAAGGACCGCAGUACCCGCCAAAAUUGUGUUGUCCAGCUCUUAAGGACUUUGCUUGUCCAUUCGCAGAUGAGAUAAAUGAUGUAACAAAUGAUUGUGCGUCAACAAUGUUCAGCUAUAUCAACCUCUACGGGAAGUAUCCUCCAGGCCUAUUUGCUAGUGAAUGCCGGGAAGGGAAGUUAGGGCUUGAAUGCCCCGCACCACCCCCAGGAGAAUCAGAGAAAGCCACUACUAAUAAUAACAGUGGUAGUCAGAUGAUAUGUAGCUUGCUCCCUGUGCUGAUGCUCACGACGGCUUCCCUUUUGUUACUGCAAUUUAUGUGAAGGUCUCCACAGUCAUUUUGUUGUUAUUUUAUUUGAUUCUUUGUCAAAUCAAAUUUAUUCUGAGAGUGUUGAGGGAUUUAUGUGCUUCCACUAAAUUUAUAAUGGUUGUAGUGUUUCUCUACUUCCAAGUUGUGGUUCCUUGAGCAUUCGAUGGUCCUUGUAAUCAGACUGAUGCAAGUCUCUCUCUCUCUCUUCGGCGUAUGGCUUAAUUGAGCAUAUAGCAAGGCCUGGAAGGUGCAUGCAUCUCCAUCCAUAUGGCCUUUGAGAUGCUAUACAUUACAUAGCAUGGAAUUAAGCCAAUAUAUACUGAAAGACUGAUUUUACUGCAAGGAGAUAUGAUAAAAGUCUCGUAA